UCCCAUGCAAGUGAGUUCUCACUGAGCAAGAAACUAGGGGAAGCACAAGGAGUGUACAAGGAACGCCACCAAUUUCCUCAUCAGUAACUAUGCCAAAUCCUUGGAAUAUGCGACAGUCAUUUUUGAUUUAAUAGUUUUUUUGUCCACCAUGGCAAAGCAGUAUGACCUUUUGCUCAGGUUGCUGCUUUUAGGCGAUUCCGGGGUUGGAAAAACCUGUUUGUUGUGCAGGUUCACGGAUAAUGAAUUUCAUUCAUCGCACAUCUCUACUAUUGGAGUGGAUUUCAAAAUGAAAACAUUAAAAAUAGAUGGCAUUAAAGUGCGAGUACAGAUCUGGGAUACUGCUGGCCAGGAAAGGUACCAGACCAUCACCAAACAGUACUACAGACGGGCACAGGGAAUUAUCCUGGUGUAUGACAUCACUAGUUCCCGUUCCUUUCAGCACAUUGUGAAGUGGGCUAGCGAUGUGGAUGAGUUUGCCCCUGACAAGGUGCAGAGGAUCCUGGUGGGGAACAAGGCUGAUGAGGAGCAGAAGAGGAAAGUGCCUAAAGAACAAGGGAACAAGCUAGCAAAAACCUAUGGAAUGGAAUUCUUUGAGACAAGUGCCUGCACCAACUGCAACAUAAAUGAGUCGUUCACCCGGUUGACAGAGCUGGUCCUGCAGGCUCACAAGAAAGAGAUGGAUGCCUUCCAGGGUUCCACUGAUAAAUACUUAGACAUGACUUAUCAGGAGGGAGAGCAGGACAACAAUGCAAACUCCCAGAAGGCCUGCGCAUGUUAGCAUGAUGGCAAAGCUCUCAACCUGGGGGUGUUUGGCUAAAAUAUUUUGUUGUUGUUGCAAUGCCCCUGGCCCUGUGACAUAAUGGCAUUGAAAUGAUGAGAAACUUAUGAAAUGUGUGAGCAUGUUCGGUGUUUACUGAAUAUUGCCCUUGCUGCUGAUCAGUUUGAUGCAUUAUAAUUUUUAGUUUUACUCACAGUUAUGCAUUGUUUUAUAGUUACUUGACUUUUUAAUGGUUAUUACCCGGCUUUGCAACACCCAAACUGAUGGCACCCUGAGUUGAGUAAUAAUAAGAUUUGCCAGCAGAUGGGCUGCUGGCUCCAAUGCUACACUGAAAGUUGCAACUGCGCCCCUGUUUGGAUCGAUAAGGUAUACUUAAGCCUACCCCUGUAUAAUUUGUUUUGCCACCAGGGGCGUCAUGCACCCCAAAAAUUUGAGGGGGCACAAAGUACAUGAGGAUGGCUGGCGGGUGGACUGGAAGAGGGCUCAUUUCUGCUUUUUUCCAAACACCUGAAACCGCUUUUUCCUGCAUCUAGAGACAUAAUCAAUAUGCUUAAUUUUACAUCAAAAAUGUGUUCAUUUUUCUGCAUAUCUAAGCAUACCUCUUGAGCUGUCUAUAUCCUCCUGACUGGUGGAUUUAUUUUUUAAGGAACAAAAAUCUGGGUAAAAGAUUUGAAAGGAAUGUGAGUCUUAUCCAAUACAUUUAGUAAUUGCUUGCUUUUCUAAAGUCUACCAACCUUGCUGGCAGCCAGGUAAGAUAGUUAGACAAGCUAGCUACUCUAACUUGAUAGAUAGUCUGAAAUGGCUCCUUAGUAGCUAGUUAUGAGGUUGGGAGAUUGGAACCUAUAUGGGGUAGCUAAAGCCAACGUCAUUAAAUUGUUAGUUGGCUAGUAGUAUUAGUAUUAAUUUUUUUAUAAACAGGACUAAUCUGAGGGAGCACGUGCCCCUGUGCCCCCUCUGGGCAAGACGCCUCUGAGUUUGUCACAAUUUUACCCUUCAUAUCACAAACGUUGCUGUCUACUUUAAAUAACUAAAAUGAUGCUUACAAAGUCAUUUGUAAAAUAGAUGAAUAGUGGGACGGACCAAAGUAAAAGAGAAUCUGAAGCUCUUGAUUGGUGCUUUAUGAGAUGAGACCAGGAUAGGGGAGACAGGGUGGGUAGAGGGCAUCGUUAAAUUAUUCACAUGCAGAAAUAGAAUCCAAGCUAGCAAGAAGGGCUCAUUUACCUGUGGAAGACUAACCCAUACUCAAACAUGCAUGAAGCCAAAACUCGAUCUAAAACAGAAAUGAUGUUCAACACUAUUUUGAGUAACUUGUAUGUUUUGUGAAUUUAGAAGUUGUCAUUACCAAUUCUAUGUAUUUUUACAGGUUUAAAAGCUGUAGCAAAUGCCACACUGGUGCAUACACAAACACUACUAUAAAGGGAUGAUACGGUGCAACCGAUAGCUGACUGGAUUGAUGUUUUUGAGUAGCUGUGCUAUAACAUAAAAUAUGAAUAUAUGUAUUUUUUAUUAAAUAAAAAAAGGUAAUCUUGUUGGCUAUUUGGUAAAUGUUUUGAUACUGUGGAAUACAUUUUUACUAGAUCAUAUUCACAGACGA